UCGCACGGUGGCUCAGGUUGGAAUGCGCGCUGGGGCCGGGGAGGUACGGCUGGAGCAGACACUGGUCCGGAGCGCGCACGGCCCGGCGUCGGGAAGCUGGGGCCGCCCUACCCGCCGCGGGUCAGGGCUGCGCACAGCCUGAGAGCGCGGUGGGGAAGGAGGCGCGUUCCCUCUCCGGAGCGCCUUUGUUUGCUCGGGCCUGCGGGCGGGCGUUUGGCGACCGUGACCCUGGGCCGAGCCUCCACCCAGGUGAAGCAGGUCCAGAUUCAAGGUUGCACCGGAACAUUUUCUUACUCUGUUAGGGGAUCUACACUGGAAACAUCUCUGAAGCCCUCUCAGCAUCCCGUCUGUGGCCUACUACAUAGUUGCACUUAACUUUCACAAAAAGGAGUACACAGAAUAGCUGCUGCGUAAGGCCAAUCCCGAACUUAAUGAAGGAUGUCAGAGUGGAAGCAUUCUGAUGUGCCAGUGUCCUCAUUCUGCAGUGUGUUUCGUUUUCUCCCCUUUCCGAAAAAAAUGGUAUUAAAAUAUUUUGUGAAAUAAGAAGCUCCUUUUACAUUUUUAAUGACCAACAUGGAUAUCUGUCCUACAGAAUACAAAGUCCUAUGGUCUUGAAGAAGGAAGCACCCAUUUAAAACUGACCCUAAAUAAAAACAGACUGAAUGGACGUCAGAAUGUUUGUUAGUGGCAGGAGAGUUAAAAAAUGGCAAUUUAUUCAGUUAUUUGCCACUUGUUUUGUACUAAGCCUCAUGUUCUGGAUAUCGAUUGAUAACCACAUCGUGAGCCAUAUGAAGUCCUACUCUUACAGAUACCUCAUAAAUAGCUACGACUUUGUGAAUGAUAGCCUGUCUCUUAAGCGCAGCGAGGAUGGGGCUCCUCGCUACCAGUACUUGAUUAACCAUGAGGAGAAGUGUCAAACACAAGACGUCCUGCUCUUACUGUUUGUAAAGACUGCUCCUGAAAACUACAAUCGCCGUUCUGCCAUUAGGAAAACAUGGGGCAACGAGAAGUAUGUUCGCUCUCAACUUAACGCCAACAUUAAAACUCUGUUUGUCUUAGGAACACCUUCUGACCCACUGACAAGAGAAAGACUUCAGAAAAGACUGGUUUGGGAAGAUCAGAUGUACAAUGAUAUAAUUCAGCAAGGCUUUGCUGAUUCUUUCUAUAAUCUUACUCUUAAAUUUCUUCUGCAGUUCAGUUGGGCAAAUAGGUUUUGUCCACAUGCCAAAUUCCUUAUGACUGCUGAUGAUGACAUAUUUAUUCACAUGCCAAAUCUUAUUGAAUACCUUCAAAGUUUAGAACGAAUUGGUGUUCAAGACUUUUGGAUUGGUCGUGUUCAUCGUGGUGCCCCUCCCGUCAGGGACAAAAGCAGCAAAUACUAUGUCUCCUAUGAAAUGUACCAGUGGCCGGCUUACCCUGAUUAUACUGCAGGAGCCGCCUACGUGAUCUCUGGUGAUGUAGCCGCCAAAGUCUAUGAGGCAUCACAGACACUUAACUCUAGUCUUUACAUAGAUGAUGUGUUCAUGGGCCUCUGUGCCAAUAAAAUAGGGAUAGUACCACAAUACCAUGUGUUUUUCUCCGGGGAAGGUAAAACUCCUUAUCAUCCCUGCAUCUAUGAAAAAAUGAUGACAUCUCAUGGGCAUGUAGAAGACCUUCAGGACCUUUGGAAGGAUGCCACAGACCCAAGAGUAAAAAUGAUUUCAAAAGGUUUCUUUGGUCAAAUAUACUGCAGAAUCAUUAAGAUAAUCCUCCUUUGCAAACUGACCUAUGUGGAUACGUAUCCGUGUAGGGCUGCCUUUGCCUAAUAGUACUUGAAUGUUGUAUGUUUUCACUGUCACUGAGCCAGAUGUGGAUGAAAAACCUUUAAAUGUUUGUCUAUACCAUAAGUGAAAUGAAUAUGAAGAACAAAGAAAUAUUUUGAAAGCCCAGUCUAUCAGAAUGUUUCUUUGAUUCUAGAAGCCCUUCAAUAUAACUUAUCUACUUCAUUGCCUAAAUUCAUAUCAAGGAAUUUAUAUUUAGACAAGGUUUAUGAAAACAAAACUAAAGGGAAUUUCAAGUUCUCACUACCACGUGUAUAUUAGAGGUGUAGAGAAGUUAUUAAGGUGCCUAGGUGUUAGAAUAACUGCUUUUGGAAAAUACCAAGUAAGUGUAUAGUACAACAUUUCAAAGAAAUGGAUAUAUUGUUAGACCAGGUAUAGAAGUUUAUUUUGAUUAAAAAGCACUUGAUGGAGUUGGUGGAGGCAGGAGAGGAUUGGCAUAGAAGAAAGUACAUGAAUCUGGUAAAAGAAAGUUUCCUCUUCUUCAGAGGAGAUUUAGGAAAAUGUACACAAUUUCUUUAUAAACUGCCAAAUCACUUACUGUCACAUCCAUGUAGCUAUUUUACCUGGAUAGUGUUGGAGUCAUUUUAAAUAUAUUCAUAUCUUUUUUCAAAGUAAUGUGAAAUUUGAGAAGUCAUUAGUUCUGCCCUAACUAGUACUUUAUUAUGGUUCUUUUUGAUUAUUAGAAAGUGACACAAAACAUGGACAGUGUCUUACUCAUGGGGUCCUUCUCUAGAGAGAAAUCACUGUUAAUUCAAAUAAGUUGAUUUUAAUUUAACGAAUUUUUCAACUGGUUUUAAAAUAUUCAAUAUGGGUCUAUUUUUAAGGCAGCUAUUUCAGUAUAGUUUACAUAGAGGAAUAUAAUAAUGAAGAAGAAUUCAAAAGGAAAGAUAGAACAUUGAAAGCCUCUUUUCUCCAUAAUUUAUAAAAUAAAAGUUUUACUGUCUAAAUUGUAUUGAUUACUAAAAUUAGCCCACCCCUCUCCAGCAGGGUCUCAUAAACCACAGUACUUUAUUCUGAGUUCAGCUUUUAAAAUUGAGAGUAUUAAACAUCAAAUUGAAGCUGUACCAUUUUUUAAAAAUCUACUCUUUCAUCUACAACAACUGUCAGAGGUUAUCUUCAACUUAUAAAUAUUUCCAACUUCAAAGUAGAAUGAAAGUGAUAGAAAAGUCACCAGAAUGAGAUUUAAAGCAUUUGUAAAGCUGUAUGUUUCUUGUAAUCAAAGAGAUAUGGCUGAGAUCCAAUAGUGCAUUACAUUUAUUUUACAGAGCAGGAUAAAAAUGUGGUUAUGAUGCAAACAACCUCCCCUCACUACAGAAAGAACUAGGUGAUGUCUGUUGUUAGGGGGGAUUAUAUGAAAGCCAAAAUAGUGACUUCACCAAAAGCAGGUGAACUGAUUAUAAACCCUUUGUCUGCAGAGGCUCCUGUUAGGGAAAACUAAGAUGUAUCACUUAAUAAGAUGUCUGAAACAUGCAAAAAAACUAAAAAAGAAUUCUCAGUAUAUGCAACUGGAUGAUGAUAUGUAUAAUCUGUUGCAGGUAGCUCCUCAAUGUUUACAGAAAUUUUUUGUUAAUUUUUUUCUAUUUUGAGAAUUGAAGCUUGUUUACAUUGAUUGCUCAGAUAAUUUAAAAUUUUUAACUCAUGUCAAACUAUGGUAUCAAACAUUCUAGUUUUUAGUUACUUUCAGAGUAGGUUCAGGGUUUUUCGAUCAUUACAGUUUUAAUUUUCUGACCAAUUAAAAAAACUGUAGAGACCAAAAGCACAUUUUGACAAGGCAGGUUUAUAAUUAAUUUUUAUUAGUUGAUCCUUUAAUAACCAUUUGCCUUUUGGCCAUAUAUAUGCCCUGUGUAUCUAUACUUGUAACUGUUUAAAUUUGCCAUUGGUUGAAAACAUCAAUGUCUCUCUGGCCAUCAAAAUGAUCUUGUUUACAGCAAUAACUUUUGUGAAACAGUUAUUUAUUUGCGAAAGAGGUCCCCUCAAUUGUGUUCAUCUUUUUAUUUUUGCUUAAAAUAGAAUGAAACAGUUAAAUAUGAAGGAAAUAUGAAGGCACUUCCUUUUUUUAAUAAGAAGGAAAUUGCUAGACUCUUCCUUCGUCAGAUUUAAAGUACUGAGAAGAAUAAUUGUAAAUAAAGGAUUCCAACCUUUUAAAAAGGAAGGAAAAAACUUUUUGGUGCUCCAGUGCAAGGCUGUGUUUUAAAAAUCAUCAAUAAAGGGAAAAUAAACUCUUAACCUGGAUGGUCAAUUGAUAGUUAUACACAGUGUUAUUGCUAAAAGUUUUUACCUCUUGGUUGGUUUGCGUCUUUUUUCCAUAUUAUUAAUUUUAUACCAAAAUGUUA